CGGACACCGCAACACAAACACACCCACCACACAGACACCUGACAAACGGCGACGAGAGCUUUCGACGACGACAACUCCAACACCCUCCCUCCUCCUCCUCUUACCCCCCAUCUUCACCCUACUUGCUUCACAUUCUCCUCACUUGCGCGACGACCUCGGCACAGCAUAUUGCAUCGACCGCAUACAUCGGCCCGAUUUUCAUUUCCAGUUCGACUUUCGUUUUCUUCGCAUCGGAUCACUGUUAAACCUUCAUCGCCCAGUGGCGACCCACCGCCCUUGCUCCCAUCAUGCAGCCCUACAUCCCUCCCUCCUCCCCGGCGUUCGAGAAGGAGUCGCACAUUGGUAAUGAGCCUGCAUCUAUCCAGGCUCGUAUUGCCGGUGAUGCGGUCGUUCGAGACUACGAGAACAAGCAGCACCAGCUCUCCGAGGCUAUCGAUGCGACCAAGCACCUCGUCGCCGACCUGAAGAACUUCAACACCGAGGAGUGGAAGAUUCGUUACCCCCACUUCAACCAGCCUUCUGACACGGCAACACCCGGUGUGGGCAGACGUGCUCUGACUUUCGCCGAUGAGCCCUCAUCGUCGACGAAUGUCAUUGUCAACUCGGUGUCCAACGAGAGACGACAGAUGAAGCGUUCGGUCACCCUCCUGGACGAGUCAUCCUUGACUGAGGAGCCUGCCAGUGUCGCGUCCUCGGAGUCUGAAGACUUCUCCAUCCUUCAGCUGGACCUCAACCUUGGCGCCACACGGCACGCCAAGGCUCUGAUCUCUAACCUCGAACGCUCGUCCAUCUCGGCUCUGCUGGACAACCGUCUGUCAGCAGCAUUGGACCAUCUCAACCUCCUGCACGCUCGUAUCCAUGACGCCCACUCGCGAGUUUUGGUUACUGGCGACUUGAACGCUGGCAAGUCGACCUUCGUCAAUGCUCUUCUCCGCCACUCCGAGGUUAUGCCUACGGACCAGCAGCCUUUGACCACUCGCUUUGUCGAGGUUGUCAGUGCGCGCGAAAACAAUGAUGUCGAGGAAGUUCACGUCCUCGAGCCAAACGUCAAGUACGAUCCAGCCGACCCUUCGACCCACACAGUCGUUCCGCUGGACCAGCUUGAGAAGCUUGCUACCGACAUUGACAACGACCCCUCAGCGCCGCCUCUCCGAGUGUUCCUCCGCGAGAACAGCAUUGGCAGCUCCAACCCAUCAAUCCUGCACAAUGGUGUUGUGGACAUUUCGCUGAUUGACGCUCCUGGCCUCAACCGCGACUCGAUCAAGACAACCGCCAACUUUGCUCGCCAGGAGGAGAUUGAUGUUGUCGUGUUUGUCGUCUCAGCGGCCAACCACUUUACGCUUUCGGCCAAGGAGUUCAUCUGGCAGGCUGGCCACGAGAAGGCCCACCUCUUCAUCGUUGUCAACCGCUUCGACCAGAUCAAGGACAAGGAGCGCUGCCGCCGUGCUGUCAUGGAGCAGAUCAAGCAAUUGAGCCCUGACACCUAUGCCGACGCCAAGGACCUCGCCCACUUCGUCGACUCUGCCAAGGUUGCUAUGGGUUUCGAGGACAGUGACGAAGACGACAGCGCCGACGACAUGGACGCCGCGUUCUCUUACCUGGAGCAGUCCCUCCGCUCCUUUGUCCUCGUCAACCGCGCCAAGUCCAAGCUUGGCCCGGCCCAGAACUACACUACGCACCUACUGGCGGACGUCGAGCUCCUCGCCUCGGCCAAUUCCGUGGUCGCCAACCAGGAGCGCGAUGUCGCUCUCAAGGAGAUCUCGCGUGUCAAGCCCGAGCUCGACCGCAUGAAGCGCGGCAAGGACUCUCUCGAGGACGGUCUUGUCACGGAGGAGGAAUCUGUCACUGCUUCGGCCACCACCAAUGCCAAGCAAUCCCUCCGUGCCGCCCUCGACCGCGUUGGUCGCGGCGAGCUGGCGGAAGGUGUGCCUGUGCCCGUGUAUCCUGGCCUCCUCGGAGCAUGGGACUAUGCUCACGAGGUUCGCCGUGCUCUCCUUUCGUCCCUCGACAUUGCUGUCCGCUCGGUCGAGGACUCGUCUCGCGACAUCACCACUGGUGCUGUCAAGACCAUUGGUGGCCUCGGUGACAAGCACCUCCCCGCUGAUGUAGAGCGCUCGAAGCGAGUCUUCAACGCCAACGCCAUGUUCUUCAACCACUCCAAUGCCAAGGGCCGCCGUGUCUCUGGCCGCCAGUAUGUUGGCCUUGGAUUGGCUGGCAACUCUGCUCUUUCAAACGUUUCCGUUUCCGACAUCUUCGACUUGCAAUACCACCUGUUCCUCACCGACUCGGUCCCGUCAGAGUCCCCCAAGCUCUCACCACUCAAGGACCUGAUCCCCGCUUCCAUGAACAACGAAGUGUCGGGCAUCGGUGCGGCGUCUCUGGCUCUCGGUGCCUUCUCCAUGGCCGGCGGCAAGACGGUUGCUCUCCGCUCGCUCCUCGAGGGCAUUGUUCAACUUUCAGAGCUCGCUUCCAACCCCGUUGUCCGCAAGUGGGCUGGCCCUGCCUUCGGUGUGAUUGUCGCCGGUGCCAUCGCCUACGUGGUCUACGAGCUGCCCCGCACUAUCCCCCGCAACGUUGGGCGUCACAUUCGUGCCCAGCUCCUCGUCACCUCUGGCGGACAAGAAGAGGACGAGACUCCGUUCUGCGAGGCCGAAUCCGAGCGCAUCGGCCGCGAGGUGCGCAAAGUCAUGCGCCUCGCUGCUUGGGACCUUCGUGAGCGCUUCCGUGCUGCUUUGGAGGUUCGCAACGAGAUUGUCCGCCAAAGCGAGGAGACUGCCGAGCGAGCAACUCGUGCGCUGGAGUGGUUCACCGAGGUCGAACAACGCGUGGACUUGAUCCGCGGGCAGUUGGGCCUGAAGCUCUAGACACACAGCAGCCACAGAUUUGGGAUCGGAUAUGAAGGGCACUUCGGUUUUUCUUUUGUUGUUUUACAUUGUAGAUUAGUGACCUUCCCUCAAAGAGACGAAUAUAUGAAUGAAGUGACAUCUUCGCCUUGGUCGUCUACAAA